GGGCCCAUCCAAACUAGCGAAAAGAUGAGGACAGCGCUGCGGGGAAGGAAGACUGUUGAAGAGAGAAACAAAAAGCUGCAACUUUUGGAGCCAUCAAAGAGACGGCGAAUCGAAGCCCCGCUUGAACGAAAUUUUAGCCAAGACAUCCUUGCAGCAACCACACUCUACCCAUGCAUCGGUUCUAAAUUUCGGAUUUUCGAUUUAUUUAUGGGUCUGUUCAUCAAGCACGAUGGAUUUACCUGGUGAAAUGUGGUUAGAUAUUCUACUGCACUUGCCGGUGAAAUCCCUCCUGCAAUUGAAAUCCGUCUGUAAAUCAUGGUGUGCUUUGAUCGACAGCCCUCAAUUCAAAGCUAUUUACCUUAGCCGUGCUAAAAACUAUGCUCUUCUCCUCAAGCGACCGCCCCUGAAGAAUACCAAUCGCUCUGCUUCUUACUAUAUCCAUUCCAAUCUGGAACCGGUUCGUGAUGCCACCAAGCCUGAUCUGCAGCACAUGCCAUUCUCACGUCACGCUAAUUUUUUUGGUGACACUGUUAUGCUUAUCUGUGAUUGCAACGGUCUAAUUUUCCUAGAAGAUGAUAAUGGCAUGUACUUGCUAAAUCCAGCACUUCAGGAAGUCAGGAUUCUUCCUCCCCUGCCAAGGUCGUCUUUCAUUGGAUGUUACCUUGGACUUGGUUAUGAUUCUAACGCCAAUGAUUACAAAGUUGUUAUAUUGGGUGAGAAUCAAACUGCACAGAUGGCGAACGUGUACAGCCUGAAUAGCGACUCAUGGAGAGAGAUAGUCGCUGCAUUUCCAACUUGUGUGCUAGACGAGCGAAUUUUCCCUGUAUACUUCAAUGGAUGCAUGCACUGGAGUGCAUGCACAGUCGAAUUCGAUCCUGCAAGUCCUAGAGUGGCAAGGAGGAGGAGAAGGGUAGUGCUCUUUUCGUUCGACAUGAGCACUGAAGUAGUCAAAGAGAUUGCACUGCCUGAUUCUUUCAGGGGCGAAAACAUUCGUCCUCCUCGUCUUGGUGUUCUGAGAGAAUCCCUUGCUCUAAUCUAUCGUCGGUAUGUUGGACUGGAAGAUCGUAUUGAUGUAUGGGUGAUGAAAGAGUAUGGUGUUAAGGAGACUUGGGCAAAAAUGUAUUCAAUCGGACCUGGAUUUGACAACGUGUUCUGUCUGUGCUUUUGGAAGGAUGAACUCCUUCUGCAGAGGUGUGUUGGAGGACAGUUGAUUUUGACUUUGAUUUCACUUGCAGCAGGCCAUAAAUUCCGAACGUUUGAUGGGUAUGGUGAGUAUGACGACUCUGUAGUCGCCAUAGUUUACAAGGAAAGCUGGAUUUCAGUUAAGAGGUGUCACGAGUGUUUAGGUUUUGUGCAAAAGAGAAACAAGUACUUCCUACCCUGAGCACAUCUCAUUUGUUUGCAAAAGAGAAGAAGAGAAGUUCCCAUCCUCACUGCAUUUAAAUGAACUCUCCAUUGUAGAUUAUAUAGGAGGGGGAAUUUUCCUAUUUUUUUUUUAAAUAUUAUCUUUUUAAGGCUUUGGCAUGGCACAUAUAGAUAUGGACAAGAACAAGGUAAAAUCUUAUGUUUACAGUCAUCUCUGUUUUAUGUCAAGUGGAAGCGUAAUGCCUUUUUAUUCUUCUGUUUUAUGUUGCGGCUUUGUUUUGCCAUGUUUUGUCUUGCAGAUAUGUGAACAAAUCCCUGUAGUGGCAUAUAAAGCUUUCUGUAUUUCUCUUGAAUGUCGAACAUGUGUUUAUUAGAAAUUUCGUUCCA